UCUUAUUUACAUCGCAACCAUGGCGGGCAUCUGUCGCGCGGCGGGUCUUCUAGCUGGGAAAGGAUUUGCAUCCAUUUCGGGCUAUGUGGCACCUUGUGCGGCAACCGUGCAGCGGAAUUUCCACUUCACCAUUGAAGGACGCACAGCAGAUGCUAAUGCCUCCCGCUCAGCACAGAUCUCCCGCGACUACCCGGUAGUGGACCACACAUAUGACGCCGUGGUGGUGGGUGCCGGCGGCGCUGGCCUGCGCGCCGCCUUCGGCCUGGUCGAGGAGGGCUUCCGUACGGCCGUCAUCACCAAGCUGUUCCCGACGCGGUCUCACACGGUGGCGGCGCAGGGUGGCAUCAACGCCGCGCUCGGCAACAUGGAGGACGACAACUGGCAGUGGCACAUGUACGACACGGUGAAGGGCUCUGACUGGCUGGGUGACCAGGACGCCAUCCACUACAUGACGCGCGAGGCGCCCAAGGCCGUCAUCGAGCUGGAGCACUACGGCAUGCCCUUCAGCCGAACCAACGAGGGCAAGAUCUACCAGCGCGCCUUCGGUGGACAGUCGCUCAAGUUCGGAAAGGGCGGCCAGGCGCACCGCUGCUGCUGCGUGGCCGACCGUACCGGGCACUCGCUGCUGCACACCCUGUACGGCCAAUCGCUGCGCUACGACUGCAACUACUUCAUCGAGUACUUCGCGCUCGACCUUCUGAUGGAGGAGGGCGAGUGCCGCGGCGUGAUCGCGCUCUGCCUGGAGGACGGCUCGCUGCACCGCUUCCGCGCCAAGAACACGGUGCUGGCGACAGGCGGCUACGGGCGCGCGUACUUCUCGUGCACGAGCGCGCACACGUCCACCGGCGACGGCUCGGCGAUGGUGACGCGCGCCGGCCUCGCCAACCAGGACAUGGAGUUCGUCCAGUUCCACCCGACCGGCAUCUACGGCGCUGGCUGCCUGAUCACGGAGGGCUGCCGCGGCGAGGGCGGCUACCUCAUCAACUCGGAGGGCGAGCGGUUCAUGGAGCGGUACGCUCCCGUCGCCAAGGACCUGGCCUCGCGCGACGUCGUCUCGCGCAGCAUGACCAUCGAGAUCCGGGAGGGCAGGGGCGUGGGUCCGGAGAAGGACCACGUGUACCUGCAGCUUCACCACCUGCCGCCGGAUCAGCUGGCUGCCCGCCUGCCGGGUAUCUCUGAGACGGCCAUGAUCUUCGCCGGCGUGGACGUGACGCGCGAGCCCAUCCCCGUGCUGCCCACCGUCCACUACAACAUGGGCGGCGUACCCACCAACUACCGCGGACAGGUGAUCCAGCACGCGAACGGCCAGGACCACAUCGUGCCGGGUCUGUACGCGGCCGGCGAGGCCGGCUGCGCCUCCGUCCACGGCGCCAACCGGCUGGGCGCCAACUCGCUGCUCGACCUGGUGGUGUUCGGUCGCGCCUGCGCGCACAGCAUCGCCGCCGACCACAAGCCCGGAGAGACGGUGGGCGCCCUCAGCGAGAACGCCGGCGAGGCGUCGGUGGCCAACCUGGACACGCUGCGCCACGCCGACGGCAUCACCCCCACGGCCAACCUGCGCAUGCAGAUGCAGAAGACCAUGCAGAACCACGCAGCCGUCUUCCGCACCGGCGAGGUGCUCCAGGAGGGCUGCAACAAGAUGGCCGAGGUGUACGAGAAUAUGGAGGACCUGAAGCUGUACGACCGCGGCCUGGUCUGGAACACGGACCUGGUGGAGACGCUGGAGUUGCAGAACUGCAUGCUGAACGCGCUGCAGACCAUCUUCUCGGCAGAGGCACGCAAGGAGUCGCGCGGUGCGCACGCGCGCGAGGACUUCAAGGACCGGCUGGACGAGCUGGACUUUAGCAAGCCGCUGGAGGGUCAGCAGGAGAAGCCGAUGGAGCAGCACUGGCGCAAGCACACACUCAGCAAGGUGGACAUCCAGACCGGACAGGUGGACCUGGCGUACCGGCCGGUCAUCGACGAGACGCUGGACGACCGGGAGUGCGCCACAGUGCCGCCUGCCAUCCGCUCGUACUAGCGGCCGACACAUCUCUCCGCGUUCUCCGUAGUGACGCCGCGGCGCGACGCCCCGCGCCGGCGGCGAGAUCCGGGUCCUCCGGGCCGGCCGGGCACACUCUGUGUUGUGUUGCAGUACUGGGCGCGGCGCCGACGCCGUUGUCGGAGUUGAUCGCGCCACAUCCUCUCCGCCGGAGAGGCCCCCUCAGGUGCUGACUGUCCAUGUUCCCGGGUGGUGCUGGGCUGUACAGUAUUUAUGCCCGAGACCAUAUUGUGACUUUGAGUGAAUACAUGGUGCGAGUGAGUA